AUGGUGUCACCGCCUAGGCUACGCAUCACCAAGGACCCCAAGGCUGCUGAUGAUGGCGAUUUUGUCCCCAAGCGCAGCGCCUGUUUAGCGGCUAAGAGCAAGUUCAGAGCAACGAAGUCGGACGCCCAGGCAAGAAUGGUGCUCCUGAAAAAGCUCGAGCUUGAGGAGGUUGAGACGGAGAAGCCUGAUGAGGCAUCCUUUGAGGAGUUUCAGUAA